AAAUGGACUCUCUUUUUGCUCUAUUUGAUUAGUUCAUUAGAAUCAAUUUGAUAAAUUACCCUUAAAAUUAAUAAGCCUACAUAUCAGAAAGCUGGGAAUAAUUCUUGAGUUUAUUAUAAACUUAACCUCUGGAUUAUGGGAAAAUUUACACAUUAAUAAAUAGAAUGACUUAUGAAGAUUUAACAUCAGCAAAAAAUGAAAGACAAAGUUCUACUUAAAGAUAAGUAGCUAGGAAUAUUACUGCAGCUUCUUCACCAAGAAUAGUUUCAACAUCUGUCUCAAAGAAUAGUAAAGAAAUUGUUAAAUUAAAUUACAGGCACCAACAUUUUGUAAAAGAUUUCACAAAUGGACAAUGUGGCAAGCCCUAAAAUUGCAGUUUCCAAUCUCGCGAGUUAGCAAUCGUUAAUGAAUAAAACUUCAUAGCAAUAAAGCAUAAAAUAACAAGUAUUUAUUAUGAUAAUAUAGUAAAUGUCAGAAGAAUUUAACAGACAUCUGUUAUUGAGUAAAAUUAAAGAAUUAUAGUUCAAUUAUUCUGUCUCUACAGACAAACUAUAUGCUAUUGCAAAAAUAUUUCAAUCAAAAGAUUGUUAACCAACAUCGAAAUCACCAAUUAAAUAUCCAUUAGCACAAUAUACUAACAAAUCUAGAGGAAGUAAUCAUAGUGCAGAACAUUAUAAAAUUGUUGCUUGAAUUGUGAUGGUAUCUUUUAAUAAAGUUAUUAAAU